AAUAUAUGCUCCCCAAUAUGUUGCCUCGCAGAAAGACUAAAUGGCUGCGAAGGUGAUCGGUGUGCAAUUUGCUGACAAUUCAUUUGUCAAUUUUGAAUCAAACGACGAAGAAUGGGAUCGUUGUCAAGAUAGUGGUGUAGAUGGUGUGUUCAGUGCAGAAAUGUGCCAACAGAAAGCAAGAGAGUGUGGUCUGCACCUUACGAGUACUGAGGUCCAAAGUCUUGUCUUAGGUGGGUUUAAAGAAGCGGCGGAAGUUGGCUGUCUGUACCAAGUGGACCAGACUGGUGAUGGAGAACUUAAUGAGAAAAUCCCAAAAUAUGAAAAAACACCUGAUGGGAAUAUUUGCUGGAGCCAUGCUGCGGUGCUUCUGCUUAUAAGCCUGUAUCGACAGUUUGAAGAGAAAAAUGCUUUCUCCUCGGGUACUUCAAGGAAGCAAGCUGUGUGGAAGGCUAUUGCAAUAGAGAUGAACAAGCAUGGCUACCCAUAUGUUUCAGAGCAGUGUGACAAGAAAUGGAGAUCACUGAAAUAUCGAUACAAGCACAUUCUUGAAAAUACUAGGCACAACCGAAUAAGCCGCAAGAAGUGGGAAUACUUUGAACUCAUGGGAGAGAUUUUGGAAGAAGACAAGUCUAUGCAGCACUCACCUCUCAUUAUUUCUUGCAAUGCAAAUGGUAAUCAACAGAGCAUACCAGGAGUUCAGCAGGACUCUCCAGCCCCAAGUCCACAACUGGUUUCAAAGCCUUCUACAUCUUCACAAGAGGAAAUAGAGGAACAAGAUGAACAUCUUCCCUCCACUACUAGGAGAUCCCUCAACAGAAAACGAAAGAGAGAUGAAGCACCGAAGUGGAUUAAAAAAUUUAUGACAAAGCAGAGAAAGAUGUUAAAAAAGCUCUUAAGUUCCCAAGACAAACUGAUUAGCAUGCAGCGAGAACGAAAUGAAAUUUUGAGGAACCUUGCAUUGCAGUUAUCUCAGAACAAAUGAGGACAUGUUUGUUGCUUGACUGCGAUUUUACAGAAAAGUUUUAGUUAACACUGGUAGUUUCAGAGACCUGUCAAAACAGCAGCGCAGACAUGCAAGGUACAUUUGAAAUUCCAGCCCCUUUUGGUUGUGCCCAAGUGUAUGUCACCCAAUUGCAUUUACGUUGUCUAGUCUAUUAGUUUCUGGACUAUGUUUAAUGCCUGACUGGUGAUGAUUGUGGCAGCUUUGUUUGUGUUUAUUUAAUAAUAAUUUCUAAAAUUUUCUUUGACAAAGCAGGAACUAUGAGCUUUAUCCUUCAAAUAUGAGCACCAUUGAUAAGCCAAAAUGAAAGAUUAAUAACAAAGCUGUUGAGUAAAUCUUCCAUGGGAAAGGGUGUGUGUGACGAUGAUAGAUAUUUUAUUAAAGUUGUAUCAGGACAAAACAACCAGCCAUGUAGACAAGUGUCACAUAAGGAGAAAGAACAGUGGGCCCAAGAUGAAAUCUGAACUCGAGAUGCCUAAUCUUCAUUGCAUUGGUGACAAGUUCUUUAAUGGAUGCUGGGGUGGGAGAUUACUCACAGAGAGCAUCCUCAGAAUGUAUGAUGUAAAAGUGAGAGGUAGAAUUGUGUUUUGAGUGCAUAACAGAUUGAACAAAAGUGUCAUCUGCUGCAAACGAGAAAGAAAGCAUGGUCUGUAAAAUUAGUACUGAGCAUAAGUGUUGUAUGUAUGGGUUGCACAUGUGAAAUUGAUGUUUGUCAUUAAAGCAUAAAUUUUUUUGUCUGUGACUGUACAGUUUAUUAAAGAAUCCAACUGGUAUUACUAAAGGAGACAGUUUAUUUUA